GCUCUCCCUCAAAUUUUCCAGGGGACUGUAGUUAGUUAAGGGUGCUGGGAAGUGCAGCUUUUUGGGGUGAACGGCCAUUGCCAGGAUUCUUUGGCAGACACCAUGCACUUUGAAUUCAUGGUACAGAUGUGAAGCUGCACACUGUAACGGUUUCCCCCCGGCUUAUGCUGUUUCUUUUCAAAAACUAUGAGUCACCCAGAGGGAGGGAAAGGCCCGCCCUGUAACUUGAAACUGGAGAAAGGAAACUAAAGCUUUUGUUCUCAUUUCAGGCAGACGAAAUGGCAGACGAGGGUCCAGUCCAGAACCUCUGCGAGGAAACGACAUGCUGCAUCUGCCUGGAGUAUUUCACAGAUCCAGUGAUCAUAGACUGCGGUCACAAUUUCUGCCAAAGCUGCAUCACCAAGACUUGGGGAAACUCGGACCAAGAAGCUUCUUGCCCUCAGUGCAGGGAACCUCAUCAGCAAAGGAAUUUCAGGCCCAACCGGCAACUGGCGAGCAUUGUGGAAAUAGCCAAGAAAUUCAGCCUUCAGGCGGCCAAAGGGGUGGAAGUGCUGGGAAGGGUUUGCAAGAGACACCAGGAGCCCCUGAAACUCUUCUGCGAAGACGACCAAGCCCCCAUCUGUGUGGUGUGCGACAAAUCCAAGGAGCACAGGAAGCACAAAGUGAUCCCAAAGGAGGAGGCCUUUGAGGAGUAUCAGGGUAAAAUCCUGCGUCAUUUGGAGUUCCUGAACAAACAGAAAGGAGAAAUUCUGUCUUCUAAACUGAAUGGGGAGACCGAAAGCCAGAAUCUGCUGAAGCAGACAGACAUGGAGAGGCAGGAAAUCAUGGCCGAUUUCAAGCAAUUGCACCAGUUUCUGGAAGAACAAGAGCACCUCCUGCUGGCUCAGUUAAAGGAACUGGACGAUGAGAUUAAAAACUGUAGGAAUCAAUAUAUUGCCAAACUCUGUGAGGAAAUGGCCUCCCUUGACAACCUAAUGAGGCAGCUGGAGGAGAAACAGAAGCAGCCAGUGACUGAAUUCUUGCAGAAUAUGAGAAGCAUCCUAGAAAGAUGUAAUGAAAAUAAGAAUAAAACCAUCAAUGCAAUAGCAUUUCCUCGUGGAUUAAAACAGCAAAUAGAUUAUUUCUCCAAAAUACAUCCUUUUUUGGAGAAGGAGACCAAGAAAUUCAAAGACGUUGUGCUCUCUGGACCUCAAGGAAAGAAAGGUACAUUUCCAGGUGAAGACAUGGCCAUUCCUAAACUAGUCCUAGAAGCGUAUGGCCAAGCACCAACCCGAGACAUAUAUAUGAAGUCACCAUUGUUUGCCUUCGGAUUCUCAACAAGCAAUCAUUCGUUGACCCCAUUGAACCAAUCAUUCGUUGACCCCGUAUUCUCAAAUAAGAACAUUAAUUGUUGUUCCUAUGUUAUGGGAGUUGAGAGAAUCACCUCAGGGAUCCAUUCCUGGAUAGUGGACGUGGGGGACGAGAACUUCUGGGCUGUGGGGGUUGUCAAGGAGUCUUUAAGGGGUCACAAUAUUGUCAAUUUGAAUGAUGGGAUUGGGAUCUGGGCUAUUGGGAGGAUUUCUCCUGGUGCAUAUUAUGCUUCCACUUCUCCUGGAAUAUCUCUGGGACCAUCACCCUCGGCCAGCACACAACACCUUACCUUUGGGUUUUGGCCAAAGAGAAUCCGUGUGCUUGUGAACUAUGAAGCAGAAGUAAUACUCUUCCGUGAUGCUGACUCAAAUAAUGAUCUCUUUACCUUCUUCCGUGCUUUGUUCUCUGGGGAGAAAAUCUGCUCCUUUGUCUGCGUGGGGAAAUGAGAUGAGGUUGCCAUUUGGUGCAAACUUGACAGGCCAGCAGGAGGUGCCAAGUCCUUUAAAACCAGGGGUGGGUGGGGAAGUUUAAAAAACAGUGUGGGGGGUCAGGAGAAAGGAACUGAAUCCUCUCCCCACCCAUACUUUCCUUCCUCAAAGGUCUGGGGAAAGAACUUUUUUGGGGGGUGGGUAUGUGUGGUGUGGAAAGGGCUCAGGAUAUUA